UGUUCGCCUCUCUUUCGGCAAGAAGAGGAAAUGUUCCGAUGGCAUCAUAUUUUUCUCUCAGCUGCUCUGUUGACCCAAAUUUUCCCAAACCAAAUUUAUCGACCGUGAGAUUAUCCGUCUGAAACUCUGAAAACCAGCCCUGAUGCCUCCAAGAGUUGCCCUUCGUGAUUGCCGGGAACGAGUGCCACAAGGCCCAUAUGGCUGGGACAAAAGUCUUCGCAGUGUUCAUGUCGUAUCGUCGAAGGAUCAACAGAUUGAUGAGAGUCACAUACGCCCGAUUGGGGUCUUGAAAAGACAGCCAACCCUGGGGGGAGAGGGAGAUGACGGAAGUGAGGGCGAGGAGGACGACGACGAGGAAGAGGGAGAGGGAACAUUCCAACAUGUCAGUAGCGAGGAAAGGAAGUUACGGGAUAUUACAAGAAGACAUCGCGAUAUCUGCAAGAAGUACGUGCAGAUCAAAUCUAAAGCAAAGUCUGUUGAGCAGUACUUUGGGGGCCCCGAAGAUUUCCACAGGUUCCUCAAAGAGAAUGGGGAUGUGCUUGGGGCUGUGGGUGAAAAAGGGGAGACCCUGCUUCACCACUUCGCACGACAACGGAAGGGUCAAUUACUCGUGAGACACUUGGUUGGCGAUUUUCCAGAACUAGUUCAUCAAAAGAAUCGGAAUGGAUAUACAGCGCCGCAUAUCGCGGGCGUCCAGGACACUUGCAACCAACAGUUCAUCAAGGCAAUUUUGAAAACCCGCGAGAAGAUUCCAGCUCUGCACCAGGAAUGCGGAAAUGGUAACCUUUUGCACAUAAUCCUCCAAUCAAUGCUGCCUAUCGUUGAAAUAGUCCAUAACGCUUUGAAAGAGGUUUCAGAUGCUCAGCAGCGUCACAAAAUCCUGGAGGAUCUUUUUGCCUGCAGGGACAAAAAGGGCCAAACUCCGUUGCACGUUGCUAUUAACACCAUUGCACGGCACAACACCGGCUUGACCACACCAGAUAUUCCCCCAAUGAUUAGAUUCAUCAGCUUUGCCUUAGCUGAAAAUCCCCAGGCUCUCUCCCACACCGAUAACAUUGGCCGAACACCCUUACACGUCGCGGUCAAAGCUAUUGGAGACUCCUUUGCUUCGCCACCACCCUCUCAACCGUCUCCGAAUAUCGAGUAUCUUAUUGAUUGGGUCCAGGACCUGACCACGCGCUGCCCGAGGGAAUUUUAUAAGCGCACCGAGGACAACAGGCUACCAUAUGAGCUGCUUGGGUCCGCGAAGAACUAUACAGUGUUGAGAAAGCUGUCAGAGGAUAUAAAACGCCUUUAUAUGAGAGAGCUUCCGGUAGAUGAGCUGAAAGAAAUCUUGUACGAUGUUCCAACGGUAGGUACUCAGCCUCAUAGCUCAGGACCUGGGGGAGAAAAAACAAUCUAUUUCGAUCUCUCCAAUGACGCAGAGAACAACUAUACAUACAAGCGCCUAACAAGAUUGGCUCGCCAUGUCCAAUUCGAGAGCAUCCUCCAUCACGUCGACCUACCGUGCCUGACCGUUAGUGGUGGAGAGAACCUCCUAGAAGAUUCCCAGAGUGACCAAGAGGAGUCGCGGCGCACGUCCUCUCUGCCUGGAAGGGUCGACUUUGUAAAAGUCUUCCAAUGGUUGCGGAGCAAAGGGGUCAGUGAAAUCAUUGAUGUCAGUGUAGUUGAUGACUGCAAUACUCCCCAUUGUGAAGAAGCCAUUGAGAUGGCUCUCCGGGGCUUUGGAGUUGAAAUUCUCAAUUGGAACCGAUUUGAUAUGCCGAGCGAUGCCAUCUUCAACGCCGCACCGGGCGUACGUGAGCUGUAUCUCUACUCCAGCAGUAACAACGAAGUUUUGCGCGGUUGGUCAGCCCCUGGCGGCCUCGAAAAGCUAGAAAAGGUAAGAGCUGACGAGUUCUGAGUUCUCAAGCAUGUGCUGAUAACUGGGCAUAGUUGAAAAGGAUUCACCUCAGCAUCCAACCAGUAGGUAUCCGACUCCACUGAGCAUUUGUGAGUUUCACUAAAGAGAGUCG